AUGUCAGUGUUGGUGGGUGAGAACCAGGAGGGCAGACCAGAACAGGAGCCGUUCCGCAUGUUACUGCAGGGGAGAAAGGGGAGAUGCGACGGGAGCAACACACACUAACGCACAGAUGUACAUUUGCAAUGCAAAACAUACAUGCGUCACAGUGCACACAAACCAGCCAGGCUUCUUAGAAAGAGACCGUUUAUAUGUCUCAUGUUAUAAUCAUCCUGGACAGGUAGGCAAACCCUGUGUGAUUCACCAUAAAUGAACCCUCCCUGAAACGCACUAUCCAGCUCUAUAAACUGUUCUCAGUUCAGUCUCUAAGCCUAAACAACCCCUCCCAGAUACUCCAGAUCUGCUGUGCUGUAAACUGUUCUCUGUUCAGCCCAGACCUGACCAACCUCUUACUGCUCACUCCGUCCUGAAUUCCGCACGGUGACCUCAGACGCCUCGACGCUCCGUCUUUUCCAUUCAGGUUGUCCCAGAGGCGCUAGCAAAGGAAUCUGCCAAGGCUCAAACCAAGGCUAAAAAUAGACCCUCAGUAUGCCACUCCAGUGUCUGGCCCGGCCCCUCAUCUCUCACUCACUCGCUCUCUCACACUCACAGCUGUAUUAAUAGGGCAGUUGGCUGGCUUGAAACCCAUACGUAGGCAAUGGGAGGUAGUGAGUGCUGUUGUUGCAGUAGAAGAGCAGCAGGGACUUCUAGUGAGGGAGUACGCUCAGAAUGAGGAAGUGGAGUCCAGGACACACACACAGCGCACUCUGCCAGAGGAAACCACACAAAGCAGGGCUGCCUUCCUGCCUCACAGAUGGCAUGCCUGUGGAGGGGGAGGGGAAUGGGGGUAGUGACAGAGGCCUAGCAGAGAGCUCUGGGUGGAUACAAGAGAGCGCUAGGCAGCUGAGCUUGGGGCUGUGUGUUGGAAUGGCGCUAGCUAGCAGCAAUCGCUGUCUAUUCUGACGUCUUCAGAUUGCAUAGUGGAAUCUGUUGCGCCUUUGGCCCCUUUUUGUAUACAGUCCUAUAUCACUCCAAAGCAGUAUUUUCUAAAUGUAUGAAAUGCUAUACAAACUUGGUUAAAAAAAGAAUACUUUCCAGCUACUGAACAUAGCCUAAUCUAUAUAAAUAUUCCCUGUUAUCCACAACAUGUGCAGUAUGUAUGUAUGCCUACAGCCAUUUGAUUGAAAUCUUCCUCCCCCACUCCUCCUAGGUGUAAGUACUGGCACUACGACGAGAACCUGUUGACGUCCAGUGUCAUCAUCGUGUUCCACAACGAGGGCUGGUCCACCCUGAUGAGGACGGUGCCACAGCGUCAUCAAGAGAACGCCCAGACGAUACCUGGCCGAGAUUGUCAUGAUUGACGACUUCAGCAACAAAGGUAGCCUUGGUUUGAGCCUCAAACUUUUCAAUGGAGGUUUAUAAUGGGGUAUACAAGUUAUACAACAGAAGGCUGAUAGGGUUUUGUUUUUGUACCAAUAUUGUAUUUUUUUGUUGUCAUUGUAAAAAAAUUAUAAAAAAGUUUGAACUAAUGCUCACACUUGACUCCCCCCACCCCUUACUAGCUCUGACUUUGCUGACAGCUACUUUAUUGAGAUGUACUUCCUGUGAUAUGUGGUUGUCCCACCUAACUAUCUUAAGAUCGAUGCACUAACUAAGUCACUCUGGAUAAGAGUGUCUGCUAAAUGACUUGUUUGUUCUAUUUUGAAUUAGCCAAUCAGGUUAGACUAGAAGGCUUCAUGACAUCACUCUGCUGCAGAGUACCAGGACUUCACUGCUGUACUUUUCUCAGAUAUAAGCCUAAAUGCAUAACAUGUCUUCUUGGUUAAUAGCACCCUGCUUUGUUUCAGCUAGGCUAGUAGAUGACUACAGUUGGCUGUAAGCAGGGGACCCCCACUCCAAUUACCAAGUAAAGAGUCCAGCAAUUGAACCAGCGCUCUGCAACAGCACUGUGCCAUUGUCAUGCUAAAUUAUCACUGGCACUGAAAAGCAUUGGAGUGGAACACCCUUCCCCCCCCAGUGUCUCCCUCAGUCUUGCAUUGUGAGGCCCUGCCCAAGCAAUGCAACACCAUUCAGUAGAACUGCGAGCCUAGUCCACCAUUCAGUAGUACUGUGUGAGAGCCUAGUCCACCAUUCAGUAGUACUGUGUGAGAGCCUAGUCCACCACUCAGUAGUACUGUGAGAGCCUAGUCCACCACUCAGUAGUACUGUGUGAGAGCCUAGUCCACCACUCAGUAGUACUGUGUGAGAGCCUAGUCCACCACUCAGUAGUACUGUGUGAGAGCCUAGUCCACCAUUCAGUAGUACUGUGUGAGAGCUUAGUCCACCAUUCAGUAGUACUGUGUGAGAGCCUAGUCCACCACUCAGUAGUACUGUGGUGAGAGCCUAGUCCACCACUCAGUAGUACUGUGUGAGAGCCUAGUCCACCACUCAGUAGUACUGUGUGAGAGCCUAGUCCACCACUCAGUAGUACUGUGUGAGAGCCUAGUCCACCACUCAGUAGUACUGUGUGAGAGCCUAGUCCACCAUUGUGAAAAGCUGGCUGAGUAAUUCACCCGAAGAGGGGGCACCACAACACAAAAGAGACGUAACGGACACUGACUUCAUGAGAACAUCAAGAGCUCGGGGAAUUAAUCUCAUUAAGCAUGCAGCCUGCCACUGAAUGCUAUUACCAAAGCCUGUUACAACAUUAUAAACCAUCUGUAUGCUAUCACUAGCACUUCACUGUUUGGCCAAUAAAGCUAUAAUCUGGCAGUUGGAAACAGGGUUUUGAAUGAGAAAGACGCCACAUUAUUUCUCCGAUUUCACAUCAGUUGUUGCACAUUUUUGUUCUACAGCAGGCAGCCACAGCCAAACAUUACACAAGUAAUUCUAAAGGUUGUGACUAGCUCACAGACUGCAAGCGAUAUAGAGCUCUGUCAGGGGCUCAUCAUCGUUGCACUGAUGUUGUGGAAUUAAACUCAAGGUUAUGGUUUAUAAAAUAGUAUUCUAGGGUCGAUACAGAAAUAUCUCUCUCUAUAGUUAAAGCAUGAAACACUCACUUCCGAUAGGUACUUAUCACAGUGGGAGGCCGUGCUUUUUCUUGCUUCAACAAAAGCGGUACCUGCUGCGUGCUAACCCGGUAGCGACGAACCUACCUUUUCUACUUGUAGAAUUGCAAUUCUCGUCAGUAACCAACAACUUGACUUUGAGCCAAUCAGAGAGCACCAACCCCCCCCCACGUGGGCGAGCCAACAGGAGUGACAACAAAAAUGGAAAGAGGGUGUUUUCUCCGUACAUCCACAGUUAAAUGUCAUGAGCCAGACACACUUCAUAUGCAAUGUAGGCUAUGGGAUGUUAGCUAAGUGCACAGACGCAAUGCACACAACACAAUACUUCCUGCAAGCUAGCUAACCACUGUAGCAAAUAUUGACAUAAUGCAAUCCCAAUGGAUUAGUUUCCAUGAAACCGCUGUCUGUGUUAACUGCCGAGUGUCCUUAGCUAGCUGCACUACAUGACCAAAAGUAUAUGGACACCUGCUCGUCGAACAUCUCAUUCCAAAAUCAUGGGCAUUAAUAUGGAGUUGGUCCCACCUUUUGAUGCUAUAACAGCCUCCACUCUUCUGGGAAGGCUUUCCACUAGAUUUGGAACAUUGCUGCGGGGACUUGCUUCCAUUCAGCCAUGCGCAUUAGUGAGGUCGGGCACUGAUGUUGGGUAAUUAGGCCUGGCUCGCAGUCGGCAUUCCAAUUCAUCCCAAAGGUGUGCGAUGGGGUUGAGGUCAGGGCUCUGUGCAGGCCAGUCAAGUUCUUCCACACCGAUCUCGACAAACCAUUUCUGUAUGGACAAUUUUGUGCACCGGGGCAUUUAUAUAUGUAAAUACAGUCAUACUUUACAUAGCACAAUCAUUAUCUAAUACUGUAGUAUAUAUCCUAUUGUGUACAUAUCAGGCUAUUACUAGGCAUACUACCUCUUUUAUUACUUUAUUGAUUUGACUCUUAUUGAUUUAUUGUACUGCAAUGUUAUGGGGCCUAGCACACAAGCGUUUCACUGCACCUCCUGGUAAACUGUGUACCGGACAAAUAAAACUAGAUUUAAUCUCCCUGUCGGUCUCCAGUGCACCUGAAGGAGAGACUAGAAGAGUACAUUAAGCAGUGGAACGGCCUGGUCAAACUGCACCGCAAUGAGAAGAGGGAGGGCCUCAUCCAGGCCAGGAGUAUAGGAGCCCAUGUAGCCACUCUGGGACAGGUAGGUUACAGCUACUCCAUCACAUCUACACUUACUGUGUGUAUGGAUGAGACCAAGGGAAAGGGGGAAUGAAUGGAUUGAUCUGGAGCCACUAAUAUAGAUUGAUAUCCAUAUAGAUGGGGGAAUGGUAACAACUCUUGUGUCAAGCAACUGUUCUCUCCAGUGUGUGACGUGUUUGGCUGCUGUGUGUCCUGUCUAUAGGUUUUGGUCUAUUUAGAUGCUCACUGUGAAGUCUCUGCCAACUGGUACGCCCCUCUGGUGGCCCCCAUAUCCAAGGACAGGUAUGAGUGGUCUGCGGCUGUGAUUUUUGAAUAUUUCUACCUCGUAUAUGAUGACUUGUUGAACUGUAAUAAUGAAAAAGAUUCUGAUCCAUCCAUCAAUGAAUGGUGCAGGUCAUGAAUCGUCUCUACCAGAAACAUCUCUGUAUUAUGUCACAGCAGAGCCACAACAUAACUAGUGACAUACAUUGAAGUUAAUACAACCUAAUUAAUGUGCAGAUUUUAUUCAAAUGUGUGUGUGUAUAUAUCGGUGUAUCCAUCCAUGCUGAAUAUGCAAUGCCUGGACAUAUUUAGUAAACUGUUUAUCUAUGCUAAGUAUUGAUUAGUAAUUAAUAUGCAUUUAGUGUAGUGGAAGGCCCAAAAAAUUGGUCAUAAACUGUUCUCUCUGCUACCGCACGGCAAGCGGUACCGGAGUGCCAAGUCUAGAACCAAAAGGCUCCUUAACAGCUUCUACCCCCAAGCCAUAAGACUGCUGAACAAUUAAUCAAAUGGCCACCCGGACUAUUUACAUUGACACCUCCCCCUCCCUUUGUUAUUACACUGCUGCUGCAGGCCGUUUAUUAUCUAUGCAUAGCCACUUUACCCCUACCUACACGUACAGAUUACCUCGACUAACCUGUACCCCCGCACAUUGACUCUGUACAGGUACCCCCUGUAUAUAGCCUCGUUUGUUUUUAUUGUGUUACAUUUUUAUUUUAUUUUUUACUUUAGUUUAUUUAGUAAAUAUUUUCUUAACUCUUUCUUGAACUGCAUUGUUGGUUAAUGGCUUGUAAGUAAGUCUACACCUGUUGUAUUCGGCGCAUGUGACAAAUACAAUUUGAUUUGGUCUACCCCACUGUAACAUUGUGUUUGUGUUCUCAUUGCCUGUUUCCAGAACGGUAUGCACUGUACCUCUGAUAGAUUACAUAGACGGCAGUGACUAUACCAUAGAGCCCCAGCAAGGUGGUGAUGAGGACGGGCUGGCCCGUGGAGCCUGGGACUGGAGCCUGCUGUGGAAGAGAGUCCCUCUCUCCAGCAGGGAGAAGGCUAAGCGAAAGCAUAGGACUGAGCCUUAUCGGUAAACAUCCUCAUGCCAUGCAUGCCCAUCUAAAACCCAGAUGUAUUGUUUUUUCCCCCCUCUUUGUGUGUGUGUGUGUGUGUGUGUGUGUGUGUGUUAUGCAUGAAACCCUCCAUCUCCCCACCGGCUGUCCCUACCUAGAACGGUGUGCACGGUCCCUCUCAUAGACUCCAUACAUGGCCAGACAUUCAACAUUGACCCACAAGGGGGAGGGGACGAGGAUGGUUUUGCCCGCGGAGCAUGGGACUGGAGCAUGCUCUGGAAGCGUGUGCCCCUCAGUAGCAGGGAGAAGGAGAAGAGAUUAACUAAAACUGAGCCCUAUCGGUAAUUAAUCUGCACUAAAAAAUCUAUCCUGCUAGCAACAUCAACCCCUAACUGAGGCACAAAUGAUACAGUUGAGCAUACGAUAUGGCAUGUUGUAUAUGCUGUCUGCAUGUACAUUACUAUUUGCUUGGCUUACUCACUACUGCUUGGCACUUCUCUAUAGUGUAUAAUUGUAUGCUGAACUACUAGUGAUCUGCAAACUUUAACUAUGAAACACAAGUGCUACCUCAUAAUAGUCUGUAGAUGUAACAAUACUCUGAAAGCUAUGUAAUACCCAUUAACUACUAGCUGUAGCGCUCAAUGUGGUUUAUUAAUUGCUCUAAAUGGAAAUUAGCCCUGGUAAAUUAGUGCCGAAGUUCAUGCUAUUGUGGAAACGCCUAUGGCCUGGACCAAUUAAAGGUAUCAUUUUGGCAUAACACUGACUGCUAGCAGUCUGAUACCUAGAAGGAAGAAUCGCACUUUUGACAGUUGCCACUGCUUGUCUUUGAAAUUAAACUCUUUGAAAUCUCUCACUAAUGUCCUGCAUUCUCCUUCUCAGUUUCUCUUGGUGUGAUUUCCUCACCAAUAAUCUCUUCUGUCUUCUCCACAACUCAGUAUCCUAUCACGUUAUUACAUUUUUUAACGAGAUAAGUCCGUAAUGUUUCACCUUCGGUGGCUAGCAUGAUAUUUGGGAAUAGGGAUUGUAUGGGCGCACUCUUUGGGUCAAUGUUCUUGUUCACUCUUUUUGUCAUAAUGCUUAUGUUUCUCCCCAUUUCAUCAUGUAUCCACCUUCUUCCCUGCUACAUUUUAGCUCUUGUCCCUCUCUCUGGAUGAGACACCUGUGGAUUGUGGGUAAUGUAGUUUUGGGCCUUUCUCAGGUCUCCUGCCAUGGCUGGGGGGCUGUUUGCCAUUGAGAGGGACUUCUUCUUCGAGCUGGGCCUCUAUGACCCAGGACUGCAGAUCUGGGGAGGGGAGAACUUUGAGAUAUCCUACAAGGUAAACACUACGACCACCACCUCUCAAUCACCUAUCGAAAGAUUUCACAUCAUUAUAAAGUACGUAGGCUGUUGUUUGUUCCUUUAUUGAUACUGUUAUGUGUCAUUCAUAUUGAUUAGUAGCUGUUAUUUAUUUGCUGUUGAUUUCAACUAUGUUAUCUCUCUAUUGUACUGGUAUGCUAUCGUAUUUUCUGCUUUGUAUGUACCAUCUCUGUAACUCCAGCAUGUUCUAUUGUCCUGAUCUGAUCCCAGAUCUGGCAGUGUGGUGGCCAGCUGCUCUUCGUGCCGUGCUCCCGUGUGGGACACAUCUACCGCCUACAGGGCUGGCAUGGCAACCCACCCCCUGCCCACAUCGGCUCCUCGCCCACACUUAAGGUCAGUGUGCCAAGUCUGCCAAACUAAGCACCCAGGAUGCCCCUCUUAGCCUGCUCCCAGAUCUGCUUUCAAUCUCUUUCCAACUCCUAUGGUGAUUGUCAUAAUGACCAUAAGAGUUGGCAGGUCAACACAAACAGAUCUGGGACCAGGCUAGCCCACUAUGGCAAAUCCUUGGCAGCUUAACUUUGCUAAUUUGAGCUGACCUGGCAUCUGCUUAUUUACUUGGAUUCAUCCUUGUAAAGCAAUAUGGUUCAGCCAGUUUCAAAUGUCUACAAGGGUGACUAGAUUAUGUAAUGAUAUAUUGUGCUAAGCACAGUUCAUGUAGGCCUACAGCCGUUUAUCAAAUGGUCAAUAGGGAUUCAUUGUAUGGAUAUCAUAUGUAUCUGGUAUCUGUCUUGUCUCAUAAAGCAUCUUAUGGAAAAAACACCAUAUGAGAAGUAGCAUAUGGAUUGACUGACUGAUUGACAACUCCUCUUGAAGGACAUCAUUCAUUGAAACUAAUAAUUGUCCAUCAUUUGGUGUUUUAUUCUGAUCCUCCCUGCUCCAGAACUAUGUGCGUGUGGUGGAGGUUUGGUGGGAUGACUACAAGGACUACUUCUACGCAAGCCGGCCGGAGACCCUCACCCUGGCCUACGGGGACAUCAGCCAGCUCAAGAAGUUCAGAGAGGAGCACCGCUGCAAGAGCUUCAAGUGGUUCAUGGAAGAAAUCGCCUACGACAUCCCCAUUAACUACCCACUGCCCCCCAAAAACGUGGAGUGGGGAGAGGUAGGCUAAAGUAUUUUAGUUUAUUCAUACUACACAAUAGUAGCUAAGAGCUGAAUUGCAGUCUUACUUCGUUAAAAUAUCAUCAUAUGCAUCUGUUGAAGAGUAGUGUUACUGUCCACUACAUGACCAAAAGUAUGUGGACACCUGCUCGUCGAACAGCUCAUUCCAAAAUCAUGGGCAUUAAUAUGGAGUUGGUCCCCCCCCUUUGCUGCUAUAACAGCCUCCACUCUUCUGGGAAUUCUUUCAACUAGAUGUUGGAACAUUACUGCGGGGACUUGCUUCCGUUCAGCCACGAGCAUUAGGGAGGUCGGGCACUAGUGUUGGGUAAUUAGGGCUGGCUUGCAGUCGGUGUUUCAAUUAAUCUAAAGGUGUUCGAUGGGGUUGAGGUCAGGGCUCUGUGUAGGCCAGUCAAGUUCUUCCACCAAUCUCGACAAACCAUUUCUGUAUGGACCUUGCUUUGUGCACGGGGCAUUGUCAUGCUGAAACAGGAAAGGGCCUUCCCCAUCAUGCUGAAACAGGAAAGGGCCUUCCCCAAACUGUUGCCACGAAGUCAGAAGCACAGAAUAGUCUAGAAUGUAUUUGUAUGCUGUAGCAUUAAGAUUUCCCUUCACUGGAACUAAGGGGCCUAGCCCGAACCCAUGAAAAACAGCCCCAGACCAUUUCUCCUCCUCCACCAAACUUGACAGUUGGCACUAUGCAUUUGGGCAGGUAGCGUUCUCCUAGCGUCAUCGCUCCAGAAAACGCGUUUCCACUGCUCCAGAGUCCAAUGGCGGCAAGCUUUACACCACUCUAGCCAACGCUUGGCAUUGCGCAUGGUGAUCUUAGGCUUGUGUGUGGCUGCUCGGCCAUGGAAACCCAUUUCAUGAAGCUCCCGGCGAGCAGUUAUUGUGCUGACGUUGCUUCCAGGGGCAGUUUGGAACUCGGUAGUGGGUGUUGCAACCUAGGAAAUACCAUUUGUACGCGCUUCAGCACUCGCCGGUCCCGUUCUGUCAGCUGAGGCGUUGUUGCUCCUAGACGUUUCUACUUCACAAUAACAGCACUUACAGUUGGCCUCCCGAGUGGCGCAGCAGUCUAAGGUAGUGCUUGAGGCGUCACUACAGACCCGGGUUCGAUCCCAACCUUCGCCUCUCCCGAGUCCGUAGGGGAGUUGCAGCGAUGGGACAAGACUGUAACUACCAAUUUGGAUAUCAGCAAUUUGGGAGAAAAAGGGGUCAAAGUAAAAAAAUAUAUAAUAAUUUAACAGCACUUACUUAUUUGGGAAUUUUUAUUGAUGAUCAUAUUACCUUUCUAUACGGAACAUCUGCCCUGGCCGACUCCGCAAGUAGAGCUCUUGAGGGAGUUAUGAAAAACAAAAACACUCAAAGAUAUUGGUUAUGCUACGUAUUCAAAACUGUAUCAGACAUGCGUGUGUCCUGUUCUGGACUAUUCAGCCGGAGUGUGGGUGUGUUAAGAGGAAUUUAAAAAACGAACAUGUCCAUAGCAGAGCAGUACGUUACUUUUUAUGUGUCCACAAGUUUGCACCUAUACUUGCAAUAACUGGGGACAUGGGCAGGGAACCCAGUGAGGUGAGAUGGAAAGCGUGUAUUUUUUAGUCAUUUUAGCAGACGCUCUUAUCCAGAGCGACUUACAGUUAGUGAGUGCAUACAUUCUUUUUUUAUUUUUCAUACUGGCCCCCCGUGGGAAUCGAACCCACAACCCUGGCGUUGCAAACGCCAUGCUCUACCAACUGAGCUACAUCCCUGCCGGCCAUUCCCUCCCCUACCCUGGACGACGCUGGGCCAAUUGUGCUCCGCCCCAUGGGUUCUCCCGGUCGCGACCGGCUACGACAGAGCCUGGAUUCGAACCAGGAUCUCUAGUGGCACAGCUAGCGCUGCGAUGCAGUGCUUUAGACCACUGCGCCACUCGGGAGGUCGCAUGUAUGCCGAGACUUUGGAAUAGACUGUUGGAUAUGCCAACUGCCAGAAUAGCUUGGAAAGUUUUUCAAUGGGAUCUAUCCAUAGGGGGAGCCUGGGCAACUGAAAUGUCUGACUGUGAACAUCUGUAUGAAAACCAAAUUAAGGGAGACAUAGAUAUGAUUAAAAUACAAAUGUUGAUGCAAUAUGAAGAAAAAAAUGCGUGGAGGAGAUUAAUCAUAAACCUAAAUUGAGAACCUUUUGUUGAAUUAAGGGUGAAUUUGUGUGUGAGAUAUAUUAUGUAUAACUUACCUAAAAGCAAGAGACCGCUAUGUGCACAGGUAAGAUCAGGGAUAUUGCCUCUGCGUAUUGAAACAGGUCGGUAUUGUGGUGAAAUGGAAGAGGAAAGACUAUGUAACUAUUGUGACCUGGAAGAAAUAGAGAAUGAAACUCAUUUUAUCCUCUAUGGCCCUUUCUACCACGAUAUACGCUUUCUCUUAUUCCAGAAAGCACACCAGAUAUACCCUGGCAUUAUGUGGCUGAGCCAUGAGGAGGAACUCAAAUGGUUUUUUUGUCCAUUGUGUAUUUCUGUUUGCGGAAUAUUUAGGUAAAGCCUGGAAUCAAAGAAAAAGGGCUACCUAUAAUUACAUUGUACAAAUAUUUAGCUUCUAUGUGGUAAAUGCACGUGUGUGUGUAUAUACAUUGUGUAUAGGCUUGUCUCCCACAUGAAUCUUCUCUUUCUCCCAGACUGGCUUCAAAUGCCUUCUGUUUCUUUUUUUACUGUAUUUCUGUAUGUGUGUAUAUAUACAGUAUGAAUGUUUGGAUAACCUUAUUUACUAUUAUGUAUUGAUUUUUACAUUACAUUUUUUCACUCUUUAUGCGAUGUGCAAUGCAGAGAACACCAGAAGAAUUAUCAUUUAAUUACCACAGUGAAUUAUUGUAAUGUUUGUUUAUGUGUCAAUUAAUCCCAUAAGGGAUGGGUUGCCAAAUGGCAAUUUGACACGAAAAUAAAAUGUCAUUCAUUCAUACAGUUGACCGGGGCAGCUCUAGCAGGGCAGACAUUUGACGAACUGACUUGUUGGAAAGGUGGCAUCCUAUGACGGUGCCAUGUUGAAAGUCACUGAGCUCUUCAGUAAGGCCAUUCUACUGCCAAUGUUUGUCUAUGGAGAGUACAUGGCAGUGUGCUUUUAUACACUUGUCAGCAAUGGGGGUGGCUGAAAAAGACAAAUCCACUCAUUUGAAUGGGUGUCCACAUACUUUUGUUUAUAUGUAGUGUAUGUGCAUUUGGACUGUAUAGUGAACAUUAUUGCUUUGUUCCAGGUCCGUGGAUAUGAGACCAGCUACUGCAUUGACAGUAUGGGCCACACCAACGGAGGCAACGUGGAGAUUGGACCCUGUCACAGAAUGGGCGGGAACCAGGUCAGAAAGCCCUUUGUGUCAUUUGGGAUUAUAUAUCUCACUAUUUAUUCAUAAACAUUAUUCGUCUUUUACUGAUAAAACAUCUCUUGUAGCUUUUCAGGAUAAAUGAAGUGAACCAGCUCAUGCAGUAUGACCAGUGCUUGACGAAAGGACCAGACGGGUCGGCGGUGAUCAUUACACACUGUAACAUGAACGAGAACACAGAAUGGAGAUACUUCAAGGUAUGCCGUUGCAGCUAACGUCCUAUACAAAGUGUAAUCCUGAGAUAUGAACCACCUCAGGUUGGUGCCAUAGUUUCAAUAUAUGAUUGCUUCAUAAAGUGUGGUAAACAGUUGGAAAGAGAAUCCAUCCUUGUUACCAAUACAGUAUUAUGAGGUUUUCCUAUCGCGCUACAUCUUGAGAUGGUACUGCUGAACAAAGCUUAUUAGCAUGUACACUACCAGUCAAAGGUUUGGACACACCUACUCAUUCAAGGGUUUUGCUUUAUUUUUACUAUUUUUUACAUUAGCAGAGUGUGCAAAUCUGUCAUCAAGGCAAAGGUUGGCUAUUUGAAGAAUCUCAAAUAUAAAAUAUAUUUUGAUUUAACACUUUUUUGGUUACUACAUGAUUCCAUAUGUUAUUUCAUAGUUUUGAUAUCUUCACUAUUAUUCUACAACGUAGAAAAUAGUCCAAAUAAAGAAAAAUCCUGGAAUGAGUAGGUGUCCAAACUUUUGACUGGUACUGUAUGUGAGGAUAUAUGUAGUGUAAGUGAACUCACUUUUUCAUUUCCCUCCCAGGACCUCCACAGAUUCACCCACGUCCCCACGGGGAGGUGCCUGGAUCGGUCGGACGUUCUCCACAAGGUCUUCAUCGCAGACUGUGACACCAGCAAGAGCACACAAAAGUGGGAGAUGAACAAUAUUGUAGCGGUUUAA